AUGCCUCACGCUCUUACUUCCCGUGACUCCACGAUGGAGUCGAAGCCAAUAGGCUCAUACCCUAACACCGGUAUCGACGUACUUAUCGUGGGUACUGGUUUGGCUGGUCUGGUUGCUGCCCUUGAGUGCACACGCAAAGGACAUAAUGUUCGUGUGCUGGAGAGGAACGCAGACAUCAACACAGCUGGUGACAUGUACUUCAUGGGUCUCAGCGCAACCCGCUUCCUAAAGCAUUGGCCUGAACUGCUCAAGGAGUACAAGAAGAUUUCUCUCCACAAUGCCUGGAUCGAGACCUUCAAACACUCCGGUGAGGUUGUCAUUGGACCCAAGAAGGUGGCGGACCGCCUCCGCGCACAAGGGCUGGAUCCCGAUACCCCUCCUGGCGAGUUCCAAAUGCGCCCGCUUGUCUACAAGAUGUUUGUAAGCGCCGUAGAAAACCUGGGUGUCUCCGUAGAAUUCAACCGUAGGGUUGUAGACUACUUUGAAGACGAGCAGACUGGCAAGGGAGGUUGCACCACGGACGAUGGCAAGCGCUACGAGGCGGACGUCGUCGUCGCGGCCGACGGCGUUGGAUCGAAGAGUCAGAAGCUUGUUGGCGGACAAGUGCGCGCGAGGCCGUCCGGAAGGGCAAUGUGGCGUGCUGCUUUCCCCAGAGAGGCUCUCGACAAGGACCCAGAGGUUAAGGAGUUCUUCAAGAUGAUGCCAGGAAACGAACCAAUCGUCAGGACAUGGUUGGGUCCCUCCACAUAUGCGCUUACAUUGUCUCGCGAGGACGUCAUGGUUUGGAUCAUGAACCACGACGUUACUGGUACUGAGAAGGAGUCUUGGAACAACACCAUCGAGAAGGAAGAGGUUCUUGACGGCAUGGACAAAAUGCCUGGUAUGGAGAAGAUCAAGUGGGCGCCCAUUUUCAAGAAGCUUGUCGAGACCACUCCAGAGAAGACCAUUGUCAACUUCGAGUUGCUCUGGCGUAACCCCCAGCCUAGCUGGACCUCGCCCGCUGCCCGCGUCGUUCAGAUUGGUGACGCUGCCCACUCCUACCUGCCAGCCUCCGGAAACGGUGCGACCCAAGCCAUCGAGGAUGCUAUCUCGAUAGCUUCUUGUCUCCAGGUUGGUGGCAAGGAAAACAUCCCUCAGUCUGUUCGCGUACACAUUCGCUUCCGCUUCAUCCGUAACUCUUGCGCACAGAAGCUUGGUUUCUCCAACGCUGAACUCCUCCAAGACACCGACUGGGACAAGGUCAAGCUCGACCCCCGCCGUGCUGCGCCCAAGCUUCCCAAGUGGGUUUGGUCUCACGACCCUGAGGCCUACGUGUACGAGAACUACGAGAAGAGUGCACAGUCACUGAAGGAGGGUAUUGACAUGAAGGAUGAGGAUAAGUUCGAGCCCAACUACCCCAAGGGCUACAAGUACGAGCCUUGGAGUAUCGAAAAGAUCAUGGAGGACAUGAGGGCGGGUAAGGCUAUCGAUCUUGGCGCUGGUGAUUGGGAGUAA